GCAAAUGGGGUGGCAGUGACAGUUCAGUGGCUAUCGUGUUGCCUAUAUAAUAGGAAAUCGCGUAUUUGAAUUCAGUAGGUAUCGCAGAUCUUUAUGCUGUGAGGUUUCAAUUUAUAUUCCGAAGAAAAAUUAUUAUUGAAGUUUAUUAACAUGUGUGGAAUUUUCGCCUACUUGAACUAUCUGACACCCAAGAAGAGGAGCGAGAUUUUGGAGUUGCUGGUCAAUGGCCUGAAGAGGUUGGAAUAUCGUGGUUAUGACUCUGCAGGUGUCGCCAUCGACAGCAAUGAUGAAAACCUCAUAGCAGUAAUUAAGAAAUCUGGCAAAGUGAAGCAACUUGAAGAAGAAAUAAAAAAUCGUUCCAACGAAUUCGAUGUAGAUGAAAUAAGCGAAAUUCACUGUGGAAUUGCCCACACACGUUGGGCCACGCACGGUGUACCAAACGCCAUCAACGCUCACCCUCAUAGAUCGGGCAAGGAUCAUGGUUUCGUAGUCGUCCACAACGGCAUAUUGACCAAUUACAAGGAGGUGAAAGUAUUGCUAGAGAAAAAAGGAUACAACUUUGAGAGCGAAACCGACACAGAGGUUAUCGCUAAAUUGAUUCAUCACUUCUACGAAAAACAUCCGAAUUAUUCAUUCAGAGAAUUGGUGGAGCAGACGAUUCAGCAAUUGGAAGGUGCAUUUGCCCUCUGCUUCAAAUCAAAGUACUUCCCUGGGGAAACAGUAGCAACCAGAAGAGGUUCACCCCUAUUGGUUGGUAUUAAAACAAAAUCAAGGUGGGCGACCGACCAUGUACCCAUUUCUUAUGGAAAAGAUGAACCUACGAGACGUUUGUCUGAAGGAGACCCUGAGACAAACCAUUCAGAUCAUCGUAUUCAUGCGAGGACUAAUGGCGACCUUGAACUUCUGCCAAGAUGUGACUCCACUACUGAAUUCGAAUUGUUGGAGGACAAACAAGUGGAAUACUUUUUCGCUUCCGAUGCAUCCGCCAUAAUUGAACACACCAAUCGCGUUAUCUACUUCGAGGAUGACGACGUAGCCGCAGUAAGGAAUGGACUACUCAGUAUUCACCGACUCAAAAGGGUGGCCGAUGAGUCUCAGUCCAGAGAAAUAACCACGUUGAAGAUGGAGUUGCAGCAGAUAAUGAAGGGCAACUACGAUUACUUCAUGCAGAAGGAAAUUUUUGAACAACCAGAAUCCGUGGUUAACACAAUGAGAGGAAGAUUGAAUUUUGAAACUGGGUGCGUUACAUUGGGAGGCAUAAAAGAAUAUGUACCUGAAAUAAAGCGAUGCAGGAGAUUAAUGCUCAUUGGAUGUGGAACCAGUUACCAUAGUGCAAUAGCAACUAGACAAAUUCUCGAAGAACUGACUGAGCUUCCUGUUAUGGUGGAAUUAGCAAGUGACUUUUUGGAUAGAUUGACUCCCGUAUUCAGGGAUGACGUAUGCUUCUUCAUUUCUCAAUCAGGUGAAACUGCCGAUACUCUUAUGGCAUUGCGUUACUGCAAAAACAAAGGGGCGCUCAUAGUAGGUAUUACAAACACAGUUGGUAGUUCAAUUUGUAGAGAAUCACACUGUGGAGUACAUAUCAACGCAGGACCCGAGAUUGGUGUUGCAUCAACUAAAGCUUAUACUAGUCAGUUUAUAGCUCUGGUAAUGUUUGCACUUGUUAUGAGCGAAGAUCGAUUGUCCCUGCAGAGAAGAAGGCAGGAGAUUAUUGAGGGUCUGAAGAAUCUCCAAAAUCAAAUAAGAGCUGUAUUGAAGUUGGACAAUGAAGUGAAGAAUAUUGCCGAAGAUUUGUACAAAAAGAAAUCCUUGCUUAUCAUGGGAAGAGGUUAUAAUUUCGCUACAUGCCUGGAAGGGGCUCUGAAAGUGAAGGAAUUAACGUAUAUGCACAGUGAAGGAAUAAUGGCUGGUGAAUUGAAACAUGGACCACUUGCUCUUAUUGACGAAACGAUGCCUGUCAUGAUGAUAAUCACAAGGGACCCUGUUUAUGCUAAAUGCAUGAAUGCUCUACAGCAGGUAACUGCACGCGAAGGUCGACCGAUUCUUAUUUGCGAGGAAGGGGACCAGGAGACUAUGAAAUUUGGGUACAAAUGUUUGCAAGUUCCUAAAACGGUCGACUGCCUACAAGGUAUUUUGACUGUCAUUCCUAUGCAACUGCUUAGUUUCCACACAGCUGUUUUGAGAGGAUGCAACGUCGAUUGUCCUAGGAAUUUAGCUAAGAGUGUAACAGUUGAAUGAUUAAAUUGCUAUUGAAUUGGUGGUACAUGAAAUACCCUCAAAUGUCUUUAUCCAACAAAAUCGAACCAAUAGAGUAAUCAUGGACUGAAAAUCUAGAGGAUUUGGGAAAAUAUUUAG